UGCUUCCAAUUGUGAGGCACACUAAAACCCUAGACUCCAUAUUAUGGAAAACCUCUCUUCUUCUUCCUCUCUUCUUUCGGAGCCGUCGCUUGUAAAAAUUUCCGGCGAUUGAUCAGUCAUGAUGGAAAUACGAACUCCGAAGACUGGCAAAGCCAAACGUGUACUCGAAAACCGAGCUCCUAAGUUGGUUGAAACUGGGAAGAAGACAUUGAUACUUCAUGGAACAAAGACGAGUGCUACACUUAGCUCUGUGUUGAUGGAACUGUACCGUUUGAAGAAGGGAGGUGCCAUUAGAUAUUCAAGAAGGAAUGAGAAUAUUAGGCCUUUUGAGAGUGGUGGUGAAACUUCAUUAGAGUUCUUCUCUCAGAAAACUGAUUGUAGCAUUUUUGUGUAUGGUUCUCACACGAAGAAACGACCUGACAAUCUUGUACUUGGGAGAAUGUAUGAUCACCAGGUCUAUGAUCUUAUAGAAGUUGGGAUUGAGAACUUUAAAACCUUGCUGGCGUUUUCGUAUGACAAGAAAUUUGCACCUCAUGAAGGAUCAAAGCCUUUCAUUUGCUUUACUGGAGAAGGUUUUGAGAAUGUACCAGAGCUUAAGCAUCUAAAAGAAGUCCUCACUGAUCUGUUUCGUGGCGAGGUUGUGGAUAAUCUAAAUCUUACUGGACUAGACCGAGCUUACGUAUGUUCGGCUAUAUCCCCAACUAAGGUUUUCCUUACUCAUUGCGCAUUGAAGCUUAAAAAGUCAGGCUCCAUUGUUCCUAGAAUGGAGCUUGUUGAAGUCGGUCCAUCCAUGGACUUGGUUAUCAGGCGUAAUCGUCUUCCUAACGAAAGCUUAAUGAAAGAAGCAAUGAGAACAUCCAAGGAUAAGCCUAAGAAGAAGGUGAAAAACGUUGAUCAAGAUGCAGUACUAGGGAAGACUGGGAAGAUUUACAUGCCUGAUCAGAAGCUGGGCGAUAUGAAAUUACUCGAUAAAUCCAAGGGAUUGAAGAGAGAGCGGAAAGAGGCUAAGCUUAAGCAUAAGGAAGAGACUGUUUCCAAAAAGAUGAAAGAGUCUUCUGAGUGACUCACCAAACCACUCUUGGCUCUUCUGCAUCAACAGUUUUCAAUAUGAGGAAGAUGAAGAUUUUGUAGUGAGAAUGGGCAUGGCUUUUAUUUUUCCAUUAGAAUCUAUAACUGAAUGUUUUUUAUACGCUAAUAUUUUAUUAAGUUGAUUUUGUUUUGUUAAA